AUGAAGCCUUCUAUGCAUAAUUCUGCCAUUAACAUGGCAAAAUUCAUGCAUGAGAGUAUAGAAGUACAGGAAGGAAAUUUGCAAGAGGAAGAAUUGGGAUUUGCACCAACAGCACUGGAUGAUUCUCUGCCAGAAAUGGAGGAUCCUUUGAAAGAAAUAAACCUGGGAACAGAAGAGGAUCCUAGACCUACUUUCAUUAGAAAUUGCACUUCUGCAUGA